GUGGAAAGAACUACAAGAAGAUAGCCUCUGCAUUUACAGAGACGAAACAUGUCUCUGAACCUCAUCCACCUUAAACCUCUUUCUUCUUCUUCUACUUCUUCCAUCUUCUGCUUUCACUCUUACUCUUCACUCUUUACUCAUACUCUUUCAAAACCUUUCUCGCUCUCACAAUCCAUAACUUCUUUGUCCUCUCUCUCUCUACGUGCAGCUCAAUCUGAUGCCCAUCACUCUUCAACAACCCCCAUUUCCCUCCCACAUCUCCAGCAACCACAACACCAAGAAGACACAGAACACGAAGAAGGUCAUGACCCAGAUGAUCCAAACUACAAUUUCUCCGACAAUGACGCAUGGGUUUCCUCCCAAGACCCUCAAGACGAAGAAAAAUUGUACCUUGAGGAGAACCCUUUUACCUCGUGGCAUAUCGAUGAAGAGCCUGAAAUGAGUUUGGAGAUUGAUGAAAUGGGGUGUUGUCAAAAGAGGGAAUUGCGUGAGGCUGAGGGCGUUGUGGGGGAAAUUGUUCAACUUGCAAGGAACUUGCCUCAAAAUAUGACUCUGGAGGAGGCUUUGGGUGAGUAUGAAGGAAGGGUCAAUGAGAAAGAUUGUUGGGAGGUUCUAGAAAUACUUGGGGAGGAGCGCCUCUUGCUGUGUUGUGUGUGUUUCUUUCAGUGGAUGAGGUUGCAGGAAUCAUCACUUGUUACACCUAGGGCAUGUAUUGUGUUGCUUCCGCUGUUGGGAAAAGGGGGGAUGGGUGAUGAGGUGAUGGGUUUGUUCAGAAACUUGCCAUCUAGCAUGGAGUUCAGAGAUGUUCAUGUUUAUAAUGCCACAAUUUCAGGACUUCUGUAUGGUGGCAGGUACGAAGAUGCUUGGAAAGUGUAUGAGUCGAUGGAAAUAGAGAAUAUUCAUCCAGAUCAUGUGACAUGUUCUAUUAUGAUUACCGUUAUGAGAAAACUUGGCCAUAGUGCAAAAGAUGCAUGGCAAUUUUUUGAGAAAAUGAAUAGAAAAGGGGUCAAAUGGAAUGAAGAAGUCCUAUGUGCAUUAGUAAAGUCUUUUUGUGAUGAGGGUCUGAUGCGGGUAGCUCUGGUCAUUCAAUCCGAAAUGGAGCAAAAAGGGGUUUCUUCAAAUGCAAUUGUGUACAACACUCUGAUGGAUUCAUACUGUAAAUACAACCAUGUAGAAGCAGCUGAAGGGCUUUUUGUGGAGAUGAGAGCCAAAGGGAUUAAGCCUACUGUAGCUACCUUCAACAUUCUAAUGCAUGCAUACAGCAGAAGAAUGCAACCCAAGAUUGUAGAAAAGCUAAUGGCAGAAAUGAAAGAUGUUGGCUUGAAGCCAAAUGCCGAAUCAUAUACUUGUCUAAUCAGUGCAUAUGGUAAGCAAAAAACCCCGAGUGACCUGGCAGCUGCAGAUGCAUUCUUGAGGAUGAAGGAAGUUGGUAUAAAAUCCACCUCACAUUCUUAUACAGCACUAAUCCAUGCAUAUUCAAUUAAUGGCUUGCAUGAGAAAGCUUACAUAGCAUUUGAAAACAUGAAAAUGGAAGGUAUUAAACCUUCUGUAGAAACCUACAAUACUUUACUAGAUGUGCUUAGGCGGGCAGGUGAAGCUCAAAUACUUAUGGAAAUAUGGAAGUUGAUGAAGAAUGACAAAACCGAACCGACACGGACAACGUUCAACAUUCUUGUUGAUGGUUUUGCUAAACAAGGUCUCUACAUGGAGGCAAGAGGCAUAAUAUCUGAGUUUGGAAAGCUUGGAAUGCAACCAACAGUGGUGACAUACAAUAUGCUGAUAAAUGCACAUGCAAAGGGAGGGCAACUCUCAAAACUGCCACAUUGGGCGGACGCUCCACAUUGGGCGGACGCUCCACAUUGGCGGACCCAAUCCUUGGGCGAACGUCCACUCCUUGGGCGGACGUUCCAUAUUGGGCGGACGCUCCACCUUGGGCGGAUAUGCAAACCUUGGGCGGACGUCCACCUUUCAGAUGGUUGGCCGUUCGUUCGGUCCUGAUUCCUGGGCGGACGUCCUUGGACGGUCGUCCGGAUUACUGAGGACGGACGGUCCUAGACUAUUUGGCGGACGUCCGGAUUACUGGACGGGCGUGUCUUUAUGCCGGGAGGACCUAUCAGUACAUAAGCCCCCCGAGCCCGAGCAUAAUUUUAUUGUGCGAAGGGGUUGUCCUUGCCUGGAUGGGCGUCAUUUUGGAAAACCGCUGGAUCCAUGCAAACUCGGACUAAUGUUUAUUUGGGCGUUUUGGUCUUGGUUGCUUGACACGGGUGGCCGCUCGUCAUUUUGAACGGACAUGCCAUCUUGGGGACGAUCGUCCUGUUCUCAAUUUUUGGUGGUCGUCUUGGCGUACCUUGGAGGACAAAUGGCCGGAUGGCUGGUUGACGUCCUCCUACUUCGGAUUAGUGUUAAAUGCCAGAUUCGGCUAAGUUACGGAUGGUCGGCUCUUUACUGAAUGCCAGAUUUGGCUAAGUUAUGGACGGCCGGUCACUUGCUGAAUGCCAGAUUUGGCUAAGUUACGGAUGGCCGACUCUCUGCUGACUGCCAGAUUUGGCUAAGUUAUGGACGGCCGGUCACUUGCUGAAUGCCAGAUUUGUCUAAGUUAUGGAUGGCCGGCUCUCUGCUGACUGCCAGAUUUGGCAAAGUUAUGGAUGGCCGGCUCUCUGCUGACUGCCAGAUUUGGCAAAGUUAUGGAUGACCGGUCACUUGCUGAAUGCCAGAUUUGGCAAAGUUAUGGAUGGUCGGUCACUUGCUGAAUGCCAGAUUUGGCUAAGUUAUGGACGGCCGGUCACUUGCUGAAUGCCAGAUUUGGCUAAGUUAUGGACGGCCGGUCACUUGCUGAAUGCCAGAUUUGGCUAAGUUACGGAUGGCCGGUCACUUGCUGAAUGCCAGAUUUGGCUAAGUUACGGAUGGCCGGUCACUUGCUGAAUGCCAGAUUUGGCUAAGUUAUGGAUGGCCGGCUCUCUGCUGACUGCCAGAUUUGGCUAAGUUAUGGACGGCCGGUCACUUGCUGAAUGCCAGAUUUGGCUAAGUUACGGAUGACUGGCUCUUUGCUUUCUUGCCCGGCCAAGCUGAGAGUUGUUCUCGUUGGAACACUCUUUUUCACCAGCUUGGUCUUACUGGGGUGGACGGUUCUUUUGCCCAACCAAGCUGAGAGUCGUUCUCUUUGGAACGCUCUUUUUCACCAGCUUGGUCUUAAUGGGGCGGACGGUCUUUCGCUCCGUCGUCCAACCAAGCUGAGAGUUGUUCUCGUUGGAACACUCUUUUUCACCAGCUUGGAGUUUAGUAGGGCGGACGGUCUUUCGCUCCGUCGCCCAACCAAGCUGAGAGUUGUUCUCGUUGGAACACUCUUUUUCACCAGCUUGGAGUUUGGUAGGGCGGACGGUCUUUCGCUUUGUCGCCAUCGUUGCCGGUUACCUGCACCAUGAAGGGAACAUAGCGAAUUUCAAGUUUAACGAAAGAUGUGCCCGUACCUUGUAGGGCCGAAAAUAUGCUAUGGCUAAAUGGCCGAGAAAAGGUUGAGGCCGAAUGGCCGAGACUGUAAUGAGGUCGAACGCUCUUAAUCAGGUGGAGGCCGAAUGGCGAAAUAGGCUGAGGCCGAAAAUAUGACGAAGCCGAACGGCCGAAAUAGUUCUUAGACCGAGCGUCCUUAAAUAUGAGGAGGCCUAACGGCCGAGACUGCUGAGGCCGAACGUCCUAGAUUAUGCUGAGACCGAGCGGGCCUAUAAUAUGUUGAGGCCGAGAGUUAAGGCCUUAUGGAUGAGCGCCUGAUGAGGUGUGAUGGACGAGCGCUUGGGUGGAUGGGCACUCUUUGAAGCUGGACGGACGAGCGCUUGAGUCCAAAUUUGGACGAACACUCUUUGAAUCCGGGCGGACGAGCGCUUAGGUCCGGAUUGGACGAACGCUUCAGUCCGGCUUGGUUGGUCACCUGCAGUAUAAGGGAAACAUGAUCGUAUUUCUAGCUUAAAGGGUGUGUUCGUACCUUGUAAGGUCGAAAAUAUGUGUCCGAAUGGCCGAAAAUAGGUUGAGGCCGAACGUCCGAGAUUAUGCUGAGGUCGAACAGUCGAGACAAUGCUGAGACCGAACGUUCUUAAAUAUGAGGAGGUCCAACGGCCAAGACUAUGCUGAGGCCGAACGGUCGAGACAAUGCUGAGACCGAACGUUCUUAAAUAUGAGGAGGUCCAACGGCCGAGACUAUGCUGAGGCCGAACGUUCUUAAAUAUGUGGAGGCCGAAUGGCCGAGGACAUAUGUCGUGCGGCUAUGAAGUACUGGUGAUGGGGUGGUCCGUGCUCAUUUCUCGUGGUCACCUUUGGGUAACCGAAGUUACACGGCCCCACGGUGGGCGCCAAAUGUUUCGACUGGUGUCCGGGCGGACCCUGCAAAAACACACAAGCUUACUGUUGAAGGCGGACGGACGGACGUCGAAUGUUGAGGGCGGGCGGACGACCGAUGGCGGGCGAACGGACACUCGAAGACGAGCCAGCGAACGACGAAGACGCACUGCCGGGCGGAUGAGAAGACGGGCGACUGAUGGUGAAAGCUGGAGCCGGGCGGAUGAGUGGUCACGAACCAAAGCAAGCUUCACUGGCGGGCGGCACCAAGAUGAACGAUCACUCUGUGCCCCAAACUGGGCGGACGUCCUCCAAUCCGGACGUUCGCUCCCUGCUCCAAAUUGGGCGGACGUCCUCCAAUCCGGACGUUCGCUCCCUGCCCCAAGCGGGACGGAUGUCCUCCCCUCCUGGCGGGUGAUCCUUAGCAUUCAGCUCCAAACUGGACGGGCGUCCUUCCUCUCCUUAGCACUGCUUCACCCUCCCAGUGGGGAGGGGCCGGGUACCUGCUAAAGGCACUCCGACGCUCAAGUCAGUAAUAUGACAAGGCGUUGAAUAAUGCAUGCAUGUGUUGCGUUCUAAGCAAUCUGUCUAGAAAUCAUACCUGAGACCUUUAUUUAUACUGAUCGUAAUGGGCUUUUACCUUUUGGGGGCCUGGAAACGGCCCAAUAAUACCUUAAUCUUCAUUAAGGACUUAAUGUGCCAUUAGCAUUUAACCGUGUAAUCAGCGAAGUGCGUCGGUUGGGAAUGAUGGUCGGUCAGGGAUGUUACCCUAGGUGGGCGUUCAGCUCUUGGCCGGACGAUCCUUUGCUUGGGCGGUCGUCCAAUCCUUGGGCGGACGUCCAGCUCUUGGGCGGACGUCCAGUCCUUGGGCGAACGUCCUACUUCUUGGGCGAACGUCCAGCUCUUGGGCGGUCGUUCCACAUUGGGCGGACGCUCCACAUUGGCGGACGCUCCACUUUGGGCGGACGUUCCACAUUGGCGGACGCUCCACUUUGGGCGGACGUUCCACUUUGGGCGGACGCUCCACUUUGGGCGGACGUUCCACUUUGGGCGGACGCUCCACUUUGGGCGGACGUUCCACUUUGGGCGGACGUUCCACCUUGGGCGGACGUUCCACAUUGGCGGACGCUCCACUUUGGGCGGACGUUCCACUUUGGGCGGACGCUCCACAUUGGGCGGAUGUUCCACUUUGGGCGGACGCUCCACAUUGGCGGACCCAAUCCUUGGGCGAACGUCCACUCCUUGGGCGGACGUUCCAUAUUGGGCGGACGCUCCACCUUGGGCGGAUAUGCAAACCUUGGGCGGACGUCCACCUUUCAGAUGGUUGGCCGCUUGUUCGGUCCUGAUUCCUGGGCGGACGUCCUUGGACGGUCGUCCGGAUUACUGAGGACGGACGGUCCUAGACUAUUUGGCGGACGUUCGGAUUACUGGACGGGCGUGUCUUUAUGCCGGGAGGACCUAUCAGUACACCUUUAAUUCUUUUAGAAAGCUUUUGCCUUGUUCACGUUAUGCUUUGCGGGUAUAUGGUCAACCUAAUGAAGGUUGGCGUUGGAUACCUCACAUCACUUAACAUGGUUAACUUGGUUUCAUA